AUGGGUUCUUUAGAGAGAUUAGAUUCACUGCACCUGCGUAACAAUAGUCUCUUUGGAGGAAUACCACCAUCUCUACAAAAUUGUUCAGCAUUAACAGUUCUCGAACUUGGUCUAAAUGAGUUCAGUGGAGGCAUACCAAGGUGGAUGGGAAUAAAUCUUUCAGAUUUAUUGUUUCUUGGUCUUCGUUCAAACAAAUUAAAUGGUCAUAUUCCAUUUGAGUUAUGUGGCCUUACUAAGCUUCAAAUCUUGGAUCUUGCUGAUAACAGUUUAUCUGGAACCAUACCAAAGUGUUUUAGCAAUUUCAAAGCCAUGGCUACCAAACAUGAAUCAGGUAAACACAUCUUUUAUUCUAUCUAUUAUGGUGCAUUCCUGGAGAAUGCAUUUGUGGUGACAAAAGGAAGAGAGAUGCAAUAUAAUACUAUUCUGGCACUUGCAACUAACUUGGAUCUUUCAGCCAACAACUUAACAGGAGUGAUACCGCCACAAAUUACAACUCUAAAAGGAUUACGAUCAUUAAACCUGUCAGGAAAUCAUUUGACAGGAAGAAUUCCAAAUAGCAUUGGUUAUAUGCUGUGGUUGGAAUCUCUUGAUUUAUCAAGAAAUCAACUUUCUGGUGUAAUUGCUUCGAGCAUGUCAAGUUUAACUUACUUAAGUUACUUGAACUUGUCUUAUAACCACUUAUCAGGAAAAAUUCCAUCCAGCACCCAACUUCAAAGCUUUGAUGCUUCUAGCUUCAUCGGCAAUGAACUCUGUGGACCUCCAAUUUCCAAGAACUGUGAAAAGGACCAGAAAAUACCUGCUCCUUCACAUGGAGGACAGAAAGCAGAUGGUGGAGAUGAAGUUAGCCGCUGGUUUCAUUUGGGCAUUGUGACAGGUUUUGCAGUAGGAUUCUUUGGUGUCAUUGCUCCAUUACUCUUCUCCACAACCUGGAGGGAUGCUUGUUUUGGGUUUUUUGGUAAUGUGUGGUACAAGAUUCUCUACAGAUACAGAUUGCUUUGA